AUGGAUUUUCCGGCUGACUUUGUUUUUGGUUCUGGAACUUCUGCUUAUCAAUAUGAGGGCGCAGCUUCUGAGGAUGGGAGGAGUCCUAGCAUUUGGGACACCUUUGCACAUUCUGGCCAUACAAAUGGAGCCAACGGAGAUGUAGCAUGUGAUGGAUAUCACAAAUACAAGGAUGAUAUCCAACUGAUGGUUGACACAAAUUUGGAGGCCUUCAGAAUCUCCAUAUCGUGGACAAGACUUAUUCCUAAUGGAAGAGGACCUAUCAACCAAAAGGGGUUACAUUACUACAACAAUCUUAUCGAUGAACUCAUAUGCUAUGGAAUUCAACCACAUAUUACAUUAAAUCAUAUUGAUCUACCACAAGCACUCGAAGACGAGUAUGGAGGAUGGCUUAGUAGGAAGAUUGUGAAGGACUUCAAGGCAUUUUCGGAUGUGUGCUUCAGGGAAUUUGGUGACAGGGUUUUGUACUGGACUACCGUUAACGAGGCCAAUAUUUUUGCCGUGGGUGGUUAUGAUCAAGGUGUCAUUGCCCCAGGGCGCUGUUCAGACAGAACAAGGUGCUCCUGGGGUAAUACCUCAAUUGAAACAUACAUUGUGGGGCAUAAUAUCUUGCUGGCACAUUCAGCUGUUGUGAGACUGUAUAGAGCCAAAUACAAGGCCGACCAAAAAGGUUAUGUGGGAUUUAACAUCUAUACUAUGUGGUUUGAACCCUACACCAAUGCAACAGAAGAUUUAAUUGCAACUCAAAGAGCUAAUGAUUUUUUUAUCGGGUGGUUAAUUGAUCCCCUGAUUUUUGGAGACUAUCCUGAGACAGUAAAGAAAAAUGCCCAGACAAGAAUUCCAACCUUCACCAAACUUGAAUCCGAGCAAAUUAAGGGUUCAGCUGACUUCAUAGGAGUGAACCACUAUACAACAGCGUUCGUCAAGGAUAAUCCCGGCAUCCUUGAAACAGACAACAGUGGAUUUUCUGCCGACCUGUCUGCACAGAUAAUAAAGCAACAGGGUGACACACCACAAGAUCAGUAUCCCGUGCUGCCUUCUGGUCUUUAUGGAGUGCUGGAGUAUCUAAAACAAGUUUAUGGAAAUCAGCCUGUUUAUAUCCAUGAAAAUGGUCAGAUGACGCGUCGCAAUGGAACACUAAAUGACACGCCACGAAUUGAAUAUUUGCAUGCUUACAUCGGGAGCUUGCUUGAUGCUCUGAGGAAUGGAUCAAACGUAAAAGGGUACUUUGCAUGGACCUUCUUAGACUGUCUCGAGUUACUGGAUGGCUAUGGGACUUCCUUCGGCUUUUACUAUGUAGAUCUGGAUGACAGAGACCUGAAAAGAUAUCAAAAGCUUUCAGCGCGCUGGUAUGCCAGUUUUUUGAAGGGGAAAACCAGGUCAAAUUCAAUUACUGAAGUCGGAAAAAGCACAUCUGUUCCUUUGAGAUACCAAUUCUCCAAGUAG